CAAUGAAGGUGUUGCUGCACUCCACUCCUGAACCCAAUCCAAUAGCCACAAUCCCAGGAAAGGAUCAGUGAUCAGAACUUCAGAGGAACCACAGAGCAGCAGGAUUCAUCUCACCUCCUUUGAUCCUGCACAACAAUCUUUGCACAACUAGACGACCCUGCCUCUUGGGAACAUGAACAGAUCCAAAACCUUUGGCAAAAUUAGGAAAAGGCUUGAAGAAGCCAAAAACAAAUGGGCCCGACUGUGCAAAGUAGAAUACAGCUACAACGAGAGCGCCCGAUUGGCUACCGAUGCCCUUUUGGACGGUGGGGUGGAAGACUAUGAGAAAGUCCUCAAUGAAGAAGGAGAGGUGGACUUUCUCUCUGGAGAUGAGAUCCAGUAUAUAAUGAAGAACAUCAAGGAGCCCAUGUAUUCUAAUGAUAACCAGACAGAAGGGGAGUGCGGUUCAGCGGCCAAUGGAAACAAAUCAGAGUGUUUCUACCCUAUGAAUUCGGAUAAGAGUGAACCGGUGUCUACGUUACACAACUGGAGUGCGGAGGAGAAGCCUUAUCUGAAGGACAAGUCCAGUGCCACCGUCUACUUCCAGACGGACAAAACCAACAAUGUGAGGGAAACCAUCCGCCGAUGUAUUCACAGAACCACCCAGGUUUUGGCUAUACUGAUGGAUGAGUUCACGGAUGCUGAAAUUUUCUGUGAUGUGCUGGAGGCAGCGAACAAGAGAAACAUAUUUGUCUACUUGCUCCUUGAUGCAAACAAACUGCAUCUCUUUACCCAAAUGUGUGAAAAACUGCAAGUUAGAGACCUUCAUAUGAAGAAUAUUUCCGUCAGAAGUGUAACUGGAGAUGUUUACUGUGCGAAAUCUGGCAAGAAGUUUGCAGGCCAAAUUCAUGAAAAAUUCAUCAUAUCUGACUGGAGAUGCGUCUUGUCUGGUUCUUAUAGCUUCACGUGGCUCUCAGGCCAGGUCCACAGGAACUUCUUGUACAAGUUUUCUGGAGUUGUGGUAGAGCUGUUUGAUGAGGAGUUCAGGCACUUGUAUGGGUCAUCAAAGCCAGUCAUGGGCUUGAAAUCUCCAGCUCCCAUGGCUCCUGUUCUGAGGCGAGAGGACAGUGGAGUGAGCGUUAUGACUGACAGCACCCCGGAAAGUGUUAACACCACCUCAGAACCUUUCAGUAGUACAUCAACUGCUAGCAUCUCAAAUGAUUCUCAACGGCCCAAGUCUCCAGAGUCCACCGAUCCAGUCUUAGCUUCUCCACCCAGAUCUCCUGUGAGGUCUCCUCUGCAAAGGAUGAAUUCACUCCAUGGAUACCCUUCUCUGAUAUCUCCACCUCCUCAAAGCAACUACCAACCAAAUUACUAUCAAAGGAACUAUGCCCCAGACUCUCCAUCAUCCUUCUUUAACAAUAAUGCCAACAUUUAUAGGUCUUUCCGGAUGAGGCAAGAUGACUUCAGCACGCCAAGGUUUAAUCAAGGCUGGAGUUUAUUUUCUAGAUCCACCAUGACCUAGUUUCUGGACUGCAUUGACCAUGGGGCAAAACAUACCAAUAAUGAAAGUAGGAACCCAGCGAAAAGACUGUCAAGGGUUAUAAUGCUUCAAACCAUAGCAUUUGUUCAUAUAAUUCUAUGUAUUUUUUAAAUGUUUCUGUAAACAUUGUACAUUGAGAUAUUUUUGUAGUCUUUUAGACCAUAUUCUGGUGUAGAGCCAUCUUUAUUAGUUAUCUGUAUGUAACGGUUUUAUUGUAUUCUUAACAAAGCACUGCUUAAUAUACUUGUAAAUAAUAGCACAUUAAAGGUAUUUGAAUCAGU